AUGCAUCUACUUUUGCCAACGCCUCGGAAGAACAAAGACAACCUCAGAAUAGUGCUGGUAUGUUCUGUAAUACGAAAUGGAUCCAAGUCUCGGUUGCUUGUGGAUGCUGAGGGCACAAGAUCAUACUGGCAUGUUCCCAAUGCGCCAGCUCCAACCGGGAAUGCCGCUUCCGCAGCGUGA